AUGGCACCCGUCCUUAUACAACCAUACUACCAUGGUCCCUUCCUCUCCCACGCAACGCGAAGCGUCGACACGGCUCCCAUGACCGGCCCCAAGCGCUUCAGUCUCCGGGUGCUGCUGCAGCUGUUCGCAAUCACAAUCUCCAUCUUCGUCCUCGCGGUGCUCUUCUGGAAGCUCGGGAGAUUCUUCCGCCGCUUCACCCAGGCCAAAGUUACCCAGCCUGGCAACGCGACCACCGCCCGUUACGCCCGAACCUGGUACGGCUGGGUACCAGCGGAGAGGCAUGCUGGACUCAAGAAGUUCUUCCGAACCUGUUUCGAGAAGUUCUGCAGGUGGACGGCGUGGCGAUCGUCGAACCAGGACUACAGCUGGCUGUGGUGGGAUCCGGGGCAGAGGGAUCUGAACAAAUACCGAGAGACGAGGCGACCGUUGCGGUGGUUGCCUCGUUGGAUCAGGAGUUAUAGUUUCACUGCUGCCGAUACUAUCUGGAAUCCUGGGCCCGCUGGCCUUGCUGGUGUCAUCGCUGCGCCGAGCAGUAGUCGUCAGUCGCUGUCGUUUCGAAUGGCCGGAGCACUUUCGUCUUGUCAUACCCUGAAACGUGUUGUGGGGAACAGA